AUGGGAGCCCGAACUCGGAGGAGCAGGGAGCAGCCUCUCCGGCCGCCAGCGCCCGCCCUCUCCCGCUCCGGAGGAGCCCUCCCGGCGGUGCUGGUGCUGCUCGCGCUGCCGGCUGCCUGGGGUGAGAUGCGGGCGGGCGGGCGGGCGUGGGGAGCGGCUCCCGCGGGGUCCACGGAUCCUGGGGUUUCGUUUUCAGGGGGGCUCAUCUUGCGAGAGGGCGAUGCCCUCUGUGACCUCAGACCUGCCUGGCCUCGGGCUAGAGCCGGGUUCCCCUGUGCAGGGUCCUACGCGGUCCCCAGCGCAGGGGAGGGAGAGCGCUGA